AUGACUCUCAGGGUGACUAUACUGAUUCAUUUAGUACUGCUCUUUGACAAGGCUGAUUCUAAAAAAGGAGUCAAAUGUGGAGGAAUCCUCUCUGCUCCAUCUGGCAAUUUCUCCAGCCCAAACUUCCCAGGCCUAUACCCCUACAACACACACUGUUCCUGGCUAAUUGUGGUAGCAGAGGGCUCCUCUGUCCUCCUCACUUUCCACUACUUUGAGCUGGAGUACCACGCAAGCUGUGCUUAUGAUUACAUUAAAAUAUACAAUGGCAUAUCUGAGGAUGAAGGGAACCUCCUCGGGACAUUUUGUGGGGACAUCUCUCCACCUCAAUUCACCUCUUCUUGGAAUGUCAUGUCCAUCAUCUUUCAUUCAGACCGCCAUGUGGCCUACAGGGGCUUCACUGUUGGCUACAGAAAAGAUAUGUGUGGUGGAGUCCUGACUGGACUAUCUGGAGUAAUCUCUAGCCCAGGCUACCCCCAGGAGUAUAGCAACAAUGCCGACUGCUCUUGGGCCAUCCAUGUGUCUAACACAAGUGUGGUCACCUUGGUAUUUUUGGACUUCCAGCUGGAAAACAAUGAAGGAUGUAACUUUGACUUUGUAGCCCUGUUUGACGGCCCAACAGUCACGCACCGGCAUCUGGGUAAAUACUGUGGGACAGAUAAACCCCCCAACAUCAUCACUACUUCCAACCAACUUCUUGUAGUCUUCAAGUCUGACUUCAACAUUGGGGGACGUGGGUUCAAGGCCUACUAUUAUUCAGGUGAGUGCCAGCAGGUGCUGUCUCAUGUGAGUGGCAACUUUAGCAGCCCAAAUUUCCCCAACAUCUACCCAAACAACAUUAACUGCCACUGGAGCAUCACUCUAGCCGCAGGCUACCGCAUCAAACUCUUCUUCCCCUUAAUGGACUUGGAGGACCGCAACAGUUUAUCAGAUGAGUGCGACUAUGACUCUGUCGCAGUUUAUGAUGGGAAUAGCCAGACGGACGCUCUGAUGGGACGCUGGUGUGGCAGGGAGCAUCCUUCUUCUCUCGUCUCAAAGGGCAACAAGUUGCUGGUCGUGCUCAGCACAGACAGAAAUGAAGCACACAGAGGAUUCACCGCUUCUUAUCAGGGAGGUAAAUAUUCCUUGUACAGGCGUAUGAUUAACUUCUAA